AUGGCGUCUCCACAGAAAAACAUCGGUCUUGUUGGUCUCUCAGCAAAAGGUUCGAAGGCGUCUGCGGAGGCUGCGGCAAAGGAGUACAAGUUAGAGGGCGUGGCGGCUUACGACAAUCCUUCCGCCAUUGCCAAAGAUCCCAAUGUCGACAUCGUAGCUGUCAGCGUGAAUGUACCAGAACACUACAAGCUCAUUGUUCCUGCGCUUGAAGCAGGAAAGGAUGUCUUCUCAGAAUGGCCACUUGCACGCAACCUAUCCGAAGCGGAGGAACUCGUCAAAUUAGCCAAAGCGAAGGGCGUAAAGACCGUGGUGGGUUUGCAAGCUCGCCAAAACCCAGCCAUUAUCAAGGCGAAAGAGAUCAUCGAGUCAGGAAAACUUGGAAGAGUCCUGGGUACAACCAUGUAUGGUCACGGCACGAUCUUUGGUCCGGUCAUGCCAGAGAACUUUCUCUACGGCUUACCCGUGGAAGCCGGCGCCAAUCUGGUAACCAUACCCUUCGGCCACGCGGUCGAUGCAUUGUGCUAUGCUCUCGGCGAGAUCAAGGAUAUUUCCGCCACUCUCGCAAACCUCCGCCCCGAGCACGAUCUCAUUGAUAACGAUGGCAAGCCCAACGGCAAAGUUACCAAGACAGCACACGACUAUGUCUCCUUUAAUGGCAGACUCGCGAAUGGCGGUGGCGUUAUCGAUGUUACUUACGUUGGAGGACACUCCCGCACUGGACGCGAGUUUUACUGGGAGAUCAACGGCACAGAAGGAUCGCUUGUGUUUGAGAAUCCCAACCCUAUGGGUGGGCAUAUUCAGAUGUUCCAGCCGAGCUUGAAGUUGGCAACGAAUCAAGGCAUUGAGGAGGUCCAAGUUGAAAAGGCUGCAGACUUCUCGUUCAAUGUUGGAAAAGCAUGGGACGCGCUGGCUGGCAAAGGUUUGGACCAAGGAUACAGUGUUACCACCUGGGAUGAUGCGCUUCUUCGUCACAAGAUGAUUGAUGCGAUUUACCGCAGCGGUGAAAGUGGGAAGAGGGAGAACUACGUCUAG